AUGAUUGAUACAACUCAUUUUCAAGUACAAGGACAAAACAAUAAUGAUAGUGACAAAAUCGAUAUACAUUUUCGAAAUGUAGCAGAUAACAAAGCUGUAAAUAUUCUUAAAAAUGGAUUUGUUGAAGGUAUUCAGCAAAUGGAAUGUGCUCGACAAUUAAGUGAAAUUCAAGUUUAUCGUAAAGCAAUUCUAGAUGAAGCAAAAGAAGUUCUACAAAAUGGUGCAUUUGGAUUUGAUUCGAAAAGACCUGAAAAAUGGAUUAGUGAAUCAUUCAAAAAAGUCUUAUCUUUUCAAAAUGAAAUUGUACCAAUAGAAAAUCGUUCAAAUGAACGUAUAUUACAACUAACAUUAAAUAAAAAAGGUUACCAACAGUUUCGUAACAAUACUAUUCCACAAUUUCGAUCAAAAGGUUCAGGUCAAAGUGUUUAUAAUUACGAGGGUAUUGAAGGUGGUGCGCCUGCAUCAAAAAGUUCAACAGUACCAACGGAUGUUCCAAGAAAUAUUGGAAUUAGAAAUACUGAAAUCGAUAAAUUUGAUAAAACAAUUAAGUCAGUGUCAAUUCUUGAUCCAGAAGAUCCAUUUGUUAAAAAUCAAUUUUUACGUUAUUUAUCCGAACAUAAAUUAGAAUCAACAAUGACUGCUAUUUCUGUUAUUUAUGAAGGUUAUCAAAUUCUCAUGGCUUUAAUGGAUAAAAAUGGACAAACUUUGAAGAAAUUAGUUAUUCAAAUUACAAAUCUUGUUGUCAAUAAAAUUGGUUCAUUAAUAACAACAGCUUUGACUAGUCUAAUGCCUGCUAUGGGAGGUUUUGCUCUCGGAAUAUUAGGUGGAUUGAUAUUUGGUUUUAUUGGCAAUAAAUUGGGAGAAAUGUUUUUUAGUAUACAUUCUCGAGUUGCUCCAGGAGAAGGACCACCUAUUUCAGAUUAUUUUUCAUUCAUUUAUGGUACAAAUAAUUGUUUUGGUGAACCUUUGAAUGAAUACAGUUUAGAACAACUUUUGACUGCACCCAGAUCGGAAUAUUCUAAUAUAAUCCAAGCAGUUGCUUUUCAACAACCAACUAAUGAUCAUGACAAUCAGUUCAUUCAAAUAGCAUUUGGAAAACCAAAAUAA